AUGACCCACGCUGGUUCCGGGCCCUUUCGUAUCGGCGUCGAUGUCGGCGGAACAAACACCGAUGCGGCCAUCGUCGACAUCGCUGCCACCGCCUCGGUAUCGCGCGGGGUGUGUGCUUCGAGUAAGACGCCAACAACUACCGACGUGACAUCGGGAAUUUACACCGCGAUUGAGAAUGUCUUGUCCAAAUCGAAGGUCGACCGUAAAGAUGUUCUCAGCGUCGCCAUCGGGACGACCCACUUCGUUAAUGCUGUCGUUGAGGCUGAUGCGCGACGGUUGAGCAAGGUUGCUGUGAUCCGAUUAUGUGGACCUUUUACAAGACAGAUUCCGCCAUUUUCAGAUUUCCCUCCGACUCUGAAAGCGAUAAUGUGCGGCCCUUUGUUCUAUCUAGAUGGAGGACUGGAGAUCGAUGGUCGUCAAAUAACACCGUUGAACCCCGAUCAAGUUCAGGACGCAGUCAAAUCCAUUCAAGCUGCAGGAGUCACCAAAGUCGCCAUAGUAGGAGUUUUCUCCCCGCUUGAUCACCAAGGACUACAUGAAGAGACAGUCAAGCGCCUGAUGCUGGAGUUAGACCCAGCGCUGUCGGUAGUUUGCUCGCAUACAAUCGGAGGCGUGGGCCUUCUUGAGCGCGAAAAUGCGACCAUACUAAACGCUUCGAUCUUGAAUUUAGCUCAACGUACUGUCCAUGCAUUCUGUGAUGCAAUGGUGAAACUUCGCCUCGAUUGUCCCCUUUUCCUCACGCAGAACGAUGGAACACUCACGGAUGCUGCCACGGCUGCAGACCUGCCGAUCAAAACUUUUGCCUCAGGUCCGACGAAUAGUAUGACCGGGGCCGCGUUCCUUGCAUCGCUCGACCGUGAAAACAAGCUUGCGAAAUCCGAUACUCAAGUUCUUGUUGUCGACGUUGGCGGCACAACAAGUGAUGUUUGUGCAUUGCUUCCGUCCGGAUUUCCUCGACAAGCGCCGAAUUUUGUGGAGGUUGGCGGUGUGAGGACUGCUUUCUCAAUGCCGGAGGUUCUAUCUGCUGGACUGGGAGGUGGUAGCAUUGUCACCUAUGAUGCUGAUUUGGAUCGGGUCAAUGUAGGACCUGGGUCUGUUGGUCACUAUCUAACCACCAAGGCGAUUGUUUUUGGAGGAGACGUUAUGACCGCGACAGAUAUCGUCGUCGCGUCCGGCAAAGCGGAAAUCGGGGAUGUGAGCAAAGCUAAGGCAAUACCUGCAAAAGUCGUCCAGGGGGCUCGGAAUCAGAUAAAGAAGAUCCUCGAACGUGUUGUAGAGGAUAUGAAGGUUUCAGAUCUACCGAUCAGCCUUUUACUUGUUGGUGGAGGGUCCAUCAUUCAGAUGGAUGAUCUCAAAGGUGUUGCGGAAUGCAUUAUUCCACCACACCAUGACUCGGCAAAUGCUGUUGGCGCAGCUAUUGCCAAGGUUGCUGGUGAGGUCGAUUUUAUUGAGAUUCUCGCUGACCAAGAUGAAAAUGCUAUCCUCGAGAAGGCUAAAAGCCAAGCGAUCGACGCGGCUGUCGCUCGUGGUGCGGACAGAGAGAAUGUCAGAAUUGUGGCGAUCGAUAAACUCCCUUUGCAAUAUGUCACUAACAAAGCAACUCGGUUAAUUGUCAAAGCUGUCGGCAGUCUGGCAAUACCAGAUCGCAACAGCACCAUCGCUGCCACUGAUGCAAAUUCCAGCAAAUUCACCAACUUUACUAGUGAGGGUAGCAAGGAUGAGGCCGAGAAACAAUUUAAUCAAAGCUCCUCCGCUCAAGAUCUCGAAUCCUUAGUCAAACACUCCUCUUCCAUAAAUAUUGAGGCAUACAGACCAGAUGUACGUGGCGGUGUGUGGUACAUCUCACCAGUUGAUCUUGAAUUUAUCGCAACAGGAACCGGAGUGCUUGGCACUGGCGGCGGCGGAUCUUCAUAUCUCCAGUAUCUGGAAUGUUUAGAAAGUCUGAGGAAGCCUGGUGCAUCAGGAAAGAUGAGAGUGGUCUCCCCAAAUUUUCUCAAAGACUCGGACGUUUGCGUGCUUGGGUCUUGGUACGGAGCUCCAAGUGUCUCAGGGGAACGGAUGGCUGCAGGGACGGAGAUAACAGCUGCAAUUGAUUAUUCUGUUAAAUUGUCAGGACAGUCGCAUUUCGAGGCGAUCAUUGCAGAUGAGAUUGGGGGAGGCAAUGGAUUGUCUACAUUCCCCACUAGUGUUCAUCACGAUAUCCCCGUUAUUGAUGGAGAUUUAAUGGGUCGAGCAUAUCCAACUCUUGAGCACGGCACCCCACGGGAAGGGGAAUGCGUCUGUUGUACUGGUGAGAGUCUACGGUUUCAGGGUGGUGAAAUUUUUAUUGACAGCGAACAGAACGCGGAAUCAAAUGGGCGUGUUGAGAGCAUGCUACGGACACAGUGCGUGGAUCUCGGUCUAAUGGCCGCAGUUUCAUGUGCGCCCUUGAGUGGCAGGGCCAUCAAGGAAUACGCGAUCCCAAAUACGGUGUCACAGGCCUGGUACAUCGGCCGUGCAGUGCAUAAAGCACAGAAAUCGAAGGAAAACCUCAUCGAGGCCAUUUUCAAAACAACUCCAGGUCGGCUCCUCUACAGCGGCAAGAUUAUCGAUGUUAAGCGGGACGUCAGUCGAGGCUACACAAUGGGUCAAUGCACGAUCGCGCCCCUCAACAGCGACGAAGAGGAUCAAUAUCUCCCAGGCUCCCAGAAAUCCGAGGCGAAUAACACGAAUGAGAGCCGAUGCCUGAUAAUUCCGUUCCAGAAUGAGUUUCUCUACGCCGCAUACGCCAACCCGGAUAAGCCGAAUGACAAGUCUCAACACGAGGUUAUUUGCACUGUCCCUGACCUAAUUUCAAUACUUGGACAGGAUGGUGAAGCAAUUGGUUCUCCGGAGCUUCGAUACGGACUUCGCGUGAAUGUGAUCGGCAUGCCAGCACACCCAUUAUGGAGUGGUACCGAACGUGGACUCAAGGUUGGCGGACCAGCAGGCUUUGGCUUGGAUAUGGAAUGGACGAGUCUGGGGCCAUACCAGAAGCCAAAAAGUGUGCUGGAUGAGUUCAACAGCCUGGAUUCUUGA